AUGGCAAAUGCUCUUCGGCGGCUAUCGCGCAGCUCGUCGCGGUACUCGUGGCUGGUGCGAUCGGAGGGCCAUGGACGUUUGAAUCCUGCUCAUGGUGGAUCGAAGAUGGCGACCAACCAGACAGUGCGUGGCGCUAUCCGUUCGCUGUGGUCCUCCUUGCAUGCUUGUCGGCGGUGGCUUCCGUGCGCGGUUAUGAAUGCCGAGAGGAGGGGUUGUUACGUGUUGAGCAUCAAGAAGGCGGGCGACACUGACAGAGGGAGGAAGGAGCCGGACAUAUAUCUCGAAUCGAAGGUGAUGUUGGCGACGGUUAGGAUAGCGCUAAGGAUGCAAACGUCCCGCCGGUGGUGCGUGGCGAAGCCGGAGAAGCUCUUGUGA